AAAAAUCCAAUCACAAAGCCUACAUGAGACCGUCAAGAUCAGUCAGAGAAGAUCAAACGAAGAAGUUUUUGUUCCAAAAGAUACUAAAGAGAGAAACAUGAAUCAAUGUAUUGCUUGAGGAAUAAGGUAGGGAAGCUAAUCAAUCACAAGUAGACGAAUCGGAGUAUUUCAUAAAAUUAGGGUUUUUAGACCUACAUUUUCUUUUCUUUUUCCGACGAUACUUAAAUUGCUCGAGAAACUCUAUUAGUGAGAAAUCCCCCAUCGGAAUCUCGAUGGAAUCAUCUCCUUCUGGAUCCGAACCUCCGCAGAAAGUCGUUUCUAAACUGCAGAAAGUAGGCUGGCGAGCUACGAUGAUCUUCAAUCUCGGUUUUGCAGCUUAUAUAUUUGCGAUAAAACGAGAAAAGGACAUUGAUGCGGACGAGAAGAAGAAAGUUAAAAAGGGCAGCGAGGCUAGACAUAAAGGUGUGAAAAAGGGUGCUGUUAACACCGAAAUCGAGAAGAAAGGUGCAGAAGAAACUGAUAAGGCUAAGGAAGCAGAAACUGCAAUACCGGAGAAGGAAGAAACCAAACUGAUCCCUGAACUGGAUCCACUGUUUGAAUUUACAGAUGCAACUGAUCAAUCCAUGUUUCAAACUGUGGCAACUGAACAUGUAAAGGUAGCAAGGAAACCAAUUCCAGAAGAUGAGCAAAAGGAGCUUUUCAAGUGGAUAUUGGAAGAGAAAAGGAAGAUAGAACCAAAAGACAGAAAAGAAAAGAAACAAAUCGAUGAAGAGAAAGCUAUUCUGAAACAGUUCAUUCGUGCUGAGAGGAUUCCAAAACUUCUACCUGAUGAUUCCGUUGAUUCUUCACUUCGUGAUUGGGACAAAUUCUUCUCCAAGUAGAACGAAUACAGAAACUAGUGUGUACUUGUUUUUUGUUAGUACACCAAAUGACCAUUGUUGGCUUUUUAGUUUUACUACUCUGAUUGUUACUCUAAUCAACGAAUAGUUUAAAUGUGAUUUCUUGGGGGUUGAGAGUGGCACUUUUAUAAAACUUUGGGGUAAUGUUUCUAUUUCUUAUAAUAUAAAGGACUUAAAAUAUAAAUUCAAUAAAAAUAAGGGUGUUUCUGAG